AUGGGGAACCCUACUGACUCUUCUAUGGCUAAGCCGGCUGCGAUGCUUCCAAGCACAGAAAGCUGCCGGGACUCGGAAUUACAGUUGUCGCCCGAAUGGGCCAAUGAUCCCAGAAACCCUGUCAACUGGUCUCUUGCGCGGCAAUGGAGCAUCAUCUUCCUUCUCUGGGGAGCAAACACCGUGGCCUCCAUCUGUUCCACCGCGUUUGAACCGGCGCUGCCGUUCGUCAUGGACGAUUUUGGUUCGCAUAGCAGCUCUCUCUCCGCAUUCACUAUUUCCAUUUAUCUCGUGGGAUACUGCUUCGGCCCGCUGCUGGUUGCUCCGGUUUGUGAGCUGUAUGGCCGUGUUGUGGCCUUGUAUCCUGGGUUUGUCGUCUACCUUGCGGCGCUGGCCAUCUGUGGUAGUAGUCAUAGUAUUGCCGUGUUUAUCGUCUUCCCGGCGUGGUCUGGCCGUGACGUUUAUGACCAGUGGUGUUACUUUUGGCCGAUUGUUGGCGGCUAUAUUGCCGAGACUAUUGGAUGGCGCUGGAUCUUCUGGAUCUCGAUCGCAUUUUUGAGAAUAUUCAUGAUCGGGUGUCUUUUGAUUCUCCAAGAGACAUACCCCCCGAUUCUGCUCGCCCGGCAUCAAUCGGGCAGCAACACGGAAAAACCAGCAUCAUCACAGCUGUUUUUGAGAGCAUGCACACGUCCGCUCCGAUUUAUUUUCCGUUCUCGCUUGAUCCUCCUCUUCACUCUCUAUACCUCCAUCCUCAAUUCCUACCUAUAUAUCCUGCUGUCCACCCUGGGAACGACCUUCCAGACCGUAUACAACUUCUCCACGGGGUCCAGUGGCCUCGCGUACCUAGGAAUGAUGACAGGCUUUCUUCUCAGCCAGAUAACACUCGGCGUAUUCUCCGACCUGUACGCCAACCAACAAGCUCGGCGCCGUGCCGACACAAAACUCAAGCCCGAAGACCGUCUCCCACCGCUAAUCCUUGGCGCCGUGCUUUUACCGGCCAUGUACUCCUAUAUCCCCGUGCAAAUCUACGUGGUUGACGUGUACCCCCUCCACACGGCCAGUGCCACGGGGGCCAUGUCCAUCAUCCGCAGCGCCAUCUCGGCGGUCGUGCCCCUGGGCGCGGACCCGUUGUAUGCGCGUCUGGGGUAUGGAUGGGGGUAUACGCUGUUGGCAGGCUUGGCUCUGCCGUUUAUUGCGUUUGGCGUGAUCUUGGUACGAUGGGGCGAGCGAAUCUCGGAUGAAGGAGGCUGCUAUUAA